AUGGUGCGCGUUAUAAUCAAAGGAGGUGUGUGGAGAAAUACAGAGGAUGAGAUCCUCAAAGCUGCAAUUAUGAAAUAUGGUAAGAAUCAGUGGAGUCGCAUCGCAUCGUUACUUCACAGAAAGUCUGCGAAGCAAUGCAAAGCUCGAUGGUUUGAAUGGCUUGAUCCUGGAAUCAAGAAGACGGAGUGGUCACGUGAAGAAGAUGAAAAGCUGCUUCACCUGGCUAAGCUAAUGCCUACACAAUGGCGAACCAUUGCUCCUAUUGUAGGAAGGACCGCUGCACAAUAUGAGCAUUUGCUCGAUGAGGCCCAAAGAAAGGCAGAAGGUUUGGAUGACGAGGCUACAGAAGCGAAAAGGCUUAAACCAGGGGAAAUAGAUCCAACUCCUGAGACAAAGCCGGCUAGACCUGAUCCCAUUGAUAUGGACGAUGAUGAGGCUCGUCGCUUAGCAUCACUUCAAAAACGUCGCGAAAUGCGUGAAGCUGGUCUUCUUGUUCGAAGGUUCAAACGACUGAAGAGAAAUGCAGUUGAUUACAGUGCUGAGAUACCAUUUGAGAAGCCCGUUCCUGCAGGUUUUCAUGAUCCUUCAGAAGACCAGGUGGACAAUAGUGAUAAGCAUCGUAGGGCUAUUGCUGACCAUGAGAAACCAAAGCGCAUGGAGAUCGAAAAUGAACUCCGUAAGCAGGAUAGAGAGAAGCUGAAAAGGAAGAAACCUGAAGAUGAACCAGAGUCCGUCUUCAGAACUAAGGAAAAAAAGAGAAGCAAGCUAAUUCUUCCGGCACCACAAAUUAGCGACCGCGAAAUGGAACAAAUUAUCAAAAUCGGUCAUGCAAGUGAUAGUGUUCGUCAUUCCCUUCUUACUGACUAUGCGGCAUCCGCUCGUGCGAAUGCUGUAGCUGCUCGUACUGCUCGAACACCGGCGGCUCGGGAUAAUGUACAAAUGGAGGUUCAAAACAUUCUCGCACUGCAAAAUGUAGACACACCACUAAAAGGAGGGCUAAACACACCACUUCAUGAAACGGACUUCUCUGGUAUUCUGCCCGCUUCACGUGUUCAAGCUACUCCAAAUACUGUUCUUAAUGCUGUUGCGGCAACUCCUAAUUCAUUUGGAGGCAAGUCCACCAAGAAAUACUUGUCGUUUAGUAGUUUUAAACAAUACUUUCUUUUAGCAACACCAAGCUCCGUUGGAUCGUUUACACCUGGACCUUCUGGUAUGACACCACUAUAUCGCGACCAGAUGGGUAUCAAUGAAGGGACAGGAGCGACUGAUAUGGAAGCGCGUGCAGAAUUGCGUAGAGCACUGGCAUCUUUGCCGGAGCCACGCAAUGAUUAUGAAAUCGUAGCACCUGAGGGUGAAAGCGAUGAAACCGAGGAUCAAGAUGACAGCAAAGAGAAAUGGGUUGAUGAUGCGGCCGAUGUCAAAGAAUCUCGUGCUAAGCAGCGUGCUCUCAAGAGACAACGUGAACUUGCUGCGAGAACGCAGGUUGUCCAGCGCUCCCUCCCAAAGCCGUCGAAAGUGUGUGAUGCCGCAUUCAAACCAUCAUUGAACAGAACUGAUAUGGCCAAGGCUGAUGAUCUGAUUAAAGUGGAAAUGGCUCGUCUCGUUUCAUGGGAUGUUCAAGAUCAAGUGCCGAACGAGGUGUCUCAAAUGACGAAUUUCAGCAAGGAUUGUGAUGCUGGACCUGUGUUAGAUUCUUCCAUGUGGGCUAUCAUAGAACAGUGCAGUGCUGAGUUAGUCCAAAAUCGUGGCAAGUUUACCAGAAUCGGUGUAUUGAAUCGCGGAGAACAGAUUGAAGCGUUACACUCUCAAUUUCAGAUUUAUCGCGAUUGGAUGAAUGCGCGAGCGAAGAAAACCGGUAAAUUGGAAAAGAAGCUUAAAAUCAAACUCGGCGGCUAUCAGGCAAUCCAUACUAACUUGGCGUCAAAAUUAGCAGAAGUUAGAAAUGAGCUGGAAAUGGCAAUUAUUGAGAAGGAAACAUUUAGACGACUUGCUGAACAUGAAACAAAAUCAAUUAAUAAGAGAGUUUCUCGCCUGCAAAAUGAAGUCCGUCAACAAGAGAUGAGAGAAAAAGAGCUGCAAAAGGUGCACGGAAAACUUAAAGGUUUGUGUCGUCUGUCUAUUUAUCAGGUUUUUGUGCUUUUCAGUAGUGCAAACAAUCACCAUGUUUUGUUCUAG